CAGUGUCUCUCAGCGCUUGGAACGGGCGCUUUCAACUGAGUCGUUCAUCACCGCCAGGACGCCAGGGCCCGUCGUGUCUCCCGUGUCCCUGGAUCUGCGCGUCUCGCCGGGACAGGUUGCGGAGCUGCCCGGCAAGAACCUGUGGGAGCAGAUCUGCGAAGGCGUCACCAUCAGAGGAAAGGGUUCUCUAUGGCUUCAACACGGAACACCUUUACCCAGCUGCUCCUUUAGCCGUGGUCCCACAAGUAUCCUGUCCUGAAGCUAAACGGGAAACAAUCGACCCAAAAACAUGUUCCCCUAAAGAAUAUUUGGAAACAUUCAUCUUUCCAGUUCUGCUUCCCGGAAUGGCUAGCCUGCUUCACCAAGCAAAGAAAGAAAAAUGUUUUGAGAGGAAAAGAACCAAAUUCAUUGCCUGUGAUUUUCUGACCGAAUGGUUAUACAAUCAAAAUCCAAAGAGGAUAGGGGAGACAUUCACAGAAUUCUUCUCCAUUCCAUUUGUGGAAGAGUGGCUGAAACUGCACCCACGGCCGGCGAUCCCACUCUCCCUCCUGCUGACAGAAUCGGCAGCAGCGCUCUGCAUUCAGUCCUUCUGGAGAGCCUAUCUGUACGCGGGCCUCUCACUGUUGUGGCCUCUCCCAUUGCGGAGCACAGGCUCCGGGCGCGCAGGCCCAGCGGCCAUGGCUCACAGGCCCAGCCGCUCCGCGGCACGUGGAAUCCUCCCAGACUGGGGCACGAACCCGUGUCCCCUGCAUCAGCAGGCGGACUCUCAAUCACUGUGCCACCAGGGAAGCCCUACUGUACAGGUUCGCUGUGAUCCUGAGAUUCAAGAAUUGCGUCAGUGGCAGAAGAAACUGCGUGAGGACAAGCACAUCCGCCAGCGAGUCGAAAUUUUCUGGGCCAAGCAAGAGCAGAAAGGAGAAGAAACUGUCUCAGAGGUUAAGUCACUUGGUUUUGGUCAACAGCUGCUAAAGAGCAGAGCUGAGGACAUUUACAACUUGCCACAACAUCAUACUGCCUUGCUGUUCUCACACCCUUCCUUUCCACCAGUCCAUGAAUGGGUAGGCUGUGGGAGAGGUCUGGAAUCCAUGCUCUCAAAAGUGCAACAGAAGUUCAAUGCAGAAACGAAGGUCACACCAUAAAAAGCAAUGAAGGACUGAUACGUGCUCGAACGUGGACGAACCUUGAAAACUGAAAAACUUGAAAGCUUGCUAAGUGCAAGAAGACAGACACAAAAGACCACAUAUUAUAUGAUUCCAUUUAUGUGAAAUGUCCCUAUAGGAAAGUCUGUAGAGAUAGAAAGUAGAUUAGUGCUUGCCUAGGGCCAGGAGGCUGAGGGAAUGGGGGUGAUAGCUAAAAGGUAUGGGGAUUCUUUGGGCGAUAACGAAGAUGUUGUAAAAUUGAUCGUGGUGACGGUUGCACCUGUCUGUGAAUAUACUAAAAACCAUUGAAUUGCGUACUUUAAAUGAGUGAAUUGUAUGGUAUGUGAGUUAUAUUUUUAUAAAUCUGUUACAUAAAAUAAAAAUGAAGGCACAGACUACCUCACAUCCAUAAAGAUGGAUACUAUCAAAAAAUAGAAAAUAACAAGUAUUGGUGAGGAUGUGGAAGAAUUGAACCCAUUAUGCAUUGUUAGUGGGAAAGUAAAAUGAUGCAGAUAAAGGGUUCCUUAAUAAAUUUUUAAUUGGAAUUACCAUAUGAUCCAGCAAUUCCAGUUUGGGGUAAAUACAAGAAAGAGAGCAGAGACUCAAUGAGAUGUUUGUAUACAUAUGUUAAUGGUUAGCAUUAUUCACGGUAGCCAAAAGGUAGAAGUAACCCAAGUGUCCAUCAGUGGAUGAAUAGAUAAGAAAUAUGUGGUAUGUCCGUACAAUAGAAUAUUAUUCAGCCUUAAGAAGGAAGUUCUGACACAUGCCAUAAUGUGGAUGAACCUUGAGGACAUUAUGCUGAGUGAAAGAAGCCAGUCACAAAAAGGCAAAUACUGUGUGAUUCCACUUACAUGAGAUACUUAGAAUAUGGUGGUUGCCAUGGGCUGGGAGGAGGGGAGAAUGGGGAGUUCUUGUUUAAUGGUUACAGAGUUUCUGUUUUGCGAGAUGAAAAGCGUUCUAGAGAUGGAUGGUGGUGAUGGUUGCACAAUAUGAAUGUACUUAUACCGCUGAAUUGUGCACUUUAAAAUGGUUAAGAUGGUAAAUUUUAUGUUAUGUGUAUUUUACCACAAUAAAAAAAAUUAGGAGGAAAAACAAUGAAGGCACAGACCCCAAAUUACCUCAUGGAUCGCUCCCUUACCUCCAUCAGGCUCUGCUUAAUGUCAUCUUCUCAGUGUGCCCUCCCUGACCCCCCGACCCCCAUCCCUCUGCCCUGCUUGUCCCCAACUAGCAUGUUAUCUACAGGGUGAUUCAGAAAGAACUGACUGGGCUUCCCUGGUGGCGCAGUGGUUAAGAAUCUGCCUGCCAAUGCAGGGAACACGGGUUCGAGCCCUGGUCUGGGAAGAUCCCACAUGCCGCGGAGCAACUAAGCCCGUGAGCCACAGCUACUGAGCCUGCGCGUCUGGAGCCUGUGCUCCGCAGCAAGAGAGGCCACGACAGUGAGAGGUCCGCGCACCGCGAUGAAGAGUGACCCACGCUCGCUGCAACUAGAGAAAGCCCUCGCACAGAAACGAAGACCCAACACAGCCAAAAAUUAAUUAAUU